GGAACUGAUCACAAGAUCAGCUGAGAUCUUUGUCACUUGGAAUCUGGAGACGGCACCUUCUCUAACGGAAGAGAGUUCUGACUUGACAAAAUUACACAGGCAUCCUGAGCUGAUUCCUCGCUCUUGCCAUGCCCAAACAUGGUCAGUUCUGCAGUGGAAAUUGACUAUAUUUGCUUUCAUUCCAUGGAUGUACUUCUGAAGGUUUAUUGCUGUCUGUGAGAAAAGCUCUCUACGAUCAUAGCAGCAGAAACAGACUCAUCCGAGCGAAAGGUUUUCCCCAUGCUUCUACUGAUGCAAAUGUCUCCCCUCGUCACAACAUGCUAACGGGGCUACUGCAAUCUUUUUCACUGUGGCCUCUGGAAAUCGCGCCAAUGAAAGGAGAUGGCAAAUGGACCUGGUAAGGACGCCAAGUGAAGAGACUGGGAAUCAGGCUGAAUAAAAAGAGUAAAAUACCGAGAGCUUUCCCGGGAACUGAACACAAGAUCAGCUGAGAUCUUUGUCACUUGGAAUCUGGAGACGGCACCUUCUCUAACGGAAGAGAGUUCUGACUUGACAAAAUUACACAGGCAUCCUGAGCUGAUUCCUCGCUCUUGCCAUGCCCAAACAUGGUCAGUUCUGCAGUGGAAAUUGACUAUAUUUGCUUUCAUUCCAUGGAUGUACUUCUGAAGGUUUGUUGCUGUCUGUGAGAAAAGCUCUCUACGAUCAUAGCAGCAGAAACAGACUCAUCCGAGCGAAAGGUUUUCCCCAUGCUUCUACUGAUGCAAAUGUCUCCCCUCGUCACAACAUGCUAACGGGGCUACUGCAAUCUUUUUCACUGUGGCCUCUGGAAAUCGCGCCAAUGAAAGGAGAUGGCAAAUGGACCUGGUAAGGACGCCAAGUGAAGAGACUGGGAAUCAGGCUGAAUAAAAAGAUGUCUGGUGGGAUCUUCUCCCCCUUGGAGAACCUCUGCGAGCUGGACAACGCCCACUGCCACCCGCUGGUGUGCUUCCUGUGCCAUGAGCAGUACGAGCAUCCCUGUCUCCUGGAUUGCUACCACAACUUCUGUGCCAGCUGCCUGCGGGGCCGGGCCAUCGACAGUCGCCUCACCUGCCCUCUCUGUGGCCACCAGUCCAUCGUGAAGGGAAGCGGCCUCCCCCCUGAAGACCGGCUGCUCAAGUUCCUCGUGGACAGCUCUGGGGACUGUGAGGAGGAGGCCCAAUGCGCCAACUGCGACCUUCAGUGCAAGAAGCAGGACCUGGACGCCAUGUAUUUCUGCAACACCUGCAACCAGCCGCUCUGUGCCAAGUGCCGCGAGGAGACCCACAAAGCCAGGAUGUUCUCCCGCCACGAGAUCGUCUCACUGACCAAGCGCACCAAAGACAUCCACAAGAAAUGCCCCCUCCAUGAGGAGCUCUACAUCAUGUUCUCCACGGAGAAAAAGUCCAUGCUGUGUAUCAACUGCUUCCGGGACAUGCCCGUGGAGAGCCGGGCACACUGCAUCGACAUUGAGACGGCCUAUAUGCAGGGCUGCGAGAAGCUAGACCAGGCAGUGAUGGCUGUGAAAGAACUCCAGACUUCGACCCGGGAGGCGAUUGUGCUCCUCAGAGCCAUGAUCGAGGAGGUCCACAACAGUGCAGUUGCAGAAGAGACAUCCAUCAACUCGCUCUUCAGUAACAUGCAGGAGAAAUUGGCAGAGAGGAAGAAGAUGCUCUUGAAAGUUGUUCAGAGCCAGUAUGAAGAAAAGGAGAAGGCCUUCAAGGAGCAGCUGGCCCACCUCGCCUCCUUGCUGCCCACCCUGCAGGUCCAUCUGGUGACCUGCUCCGCUUUCCUCAGUUCUGCCAACAAAGCCGAAUUCUUGGAUUUGGGCUACCAACUGAUGGAGAGAUUGCAGAAGAUAGUCAAGCUCCCUCACCGGAUGAGGCCUUCCCAAAACAGCAAGAUCAACACGGAAUACAGGGCCGAAUUUGCCCACUGCUUGGAGCCCCUCCUGCUUCUGACGCCGCGUCGCUCCGUCGUGGUGAACGGAGGGAGCAUGGGACCCGGGAUGAGCAACGGCAACAUGAUGUCUGGAGGCCCCUGUUCAAAGACCCUCCUGGUGCCGGGGUGUCCCUCUGCCUGCGAGAAGAUGUCCCUGGCCGGCUCCCUGGUGAGGAAACCCACCACACAUCGCUACAUCAGCACCAAGGUCCUGCUGGCCGAAGGCGGGGAGACGCCCUUCACGGAGCAUUGCCGCAAUUACGAGAGCAUGUACCGGGCUCUCCAGGUGGAGAUUCAGAACCUGAAGGAUCAGGUCCAAGAGCUGCACCGGGACCUGACCAAGCACCACUCCCUGAUCAAGACAGAGAUCAUGAGCGAAAUCCUGCAGAAGUCCCUCCAGAUGGACGUGCAGAUUGCUUCCAAGUAUUCGUCUGUGGAGAUGAUGAGGAGCAACUUUGAAGAGACCUGGGAGGAAACCUACCAGCGAGUGGCAAAUGAGCAAGAGAUCUAUGAAGCACAGCUCCACGACCUGCUGCAACUCAAGCAGGAGAACAGCUACCUGACCACCAUCACCAAGCAGAUCGCACCUUACGUCCGCUCCAUCGCCAAAGUGAAGGAGCGCCUGGAGCCCAGAUUACAGGAAGCCAAGGAGAAGGACGGCCAGGCAGAGAGCCUGCUUAAAAUCUACGAUGACAGCAUGGUGGUGACUGUAGAUGCUCAGCACAGGGCUGACUUAAGCAAAGCCACCGAGGACCGAGAGAGCCCCUCGGAAACCCAAGCAGAGAACCAAGCGCUCAAUCCUGCCGCCAAGGACUCGCUGUCGAAAAGCAAAGACUAUUAUAGGAGCAAACUGAAAAGUGAGGCAGAAAGCCCCCCACAAGCAGCAGGAGGGCGCAGCUUUGCCAAGGAAGGGGACCCCGAAGCAAAGCUCCUCCUGUGUUGAAUGCAUGCACACCAUUUGUUAACGGGAGUGCAGGAUUCCAGGUUUCAAGGCUGUGCUAAGGGAGGGAAAUCCCAGUUCUGCCACACACCUGACCCAAGCACCUGUGCAGCAUUUCUCAUUCAUUCUGCAAUUUUUACUUAAUUCUGACGAGGGUCAGAGAACAACGCAGGGCACUUCUGCUAUUUCCCACCAUAAGGGCUAGAAACUUGCUUUCUUUUUUAAAAGACGGAAAGCUGGGGUUCUCAGAAAUCUGCUUUCUGCACCGGCUGCUUCUUCUGUAACAGCGUGUGCCAGAAGAAAUAAAUUCAUCAAACACUGAAA